CUUGCCCCUUCUGAGGCACCGCAAACAAACCUAAUUCCUGGUGUCCCCUAGUCUUGGCGGAGGAGCCUUUUAGAUGAGCCCCGAAAGGCCGGGCAGGGAGGACAAGCUCUUUGGGGCUACCAGACAGAAGCAGCAAUGCCUGUUGUGUGGCCAACCCUUUUGGAUCUCAGCAGGGAUGAAUGCAAACGAAUUCUUCGAAAAUUGGAAUUGGAGGCAUAUGCUGGAGUUAUCAGUGCACUUCGUGCACAGGGGGAUCUCACCAAGGAAAAGAAAGAUCUUCUUGGAGAGCUCUCAAAAGUCCUUAGCAUCUCAACAGAACGCCACCGUGCUGAAGUUCGGAGAGCAGUAAACGAUGAACGGUUAACAACAAUUGCACAUAAAAUGAAUUUAUCCUUAUAUUUGGGUGAAAGACCAAGUUACAGUAUGUCUGGACCUAAUAGCUCUUCAGAAUGGUCCAUUGAAGGACGUAGAUUGGUACCACUGAUGCCCCGGCUGGUUCCCCAGACUGCCUUCACUGUAACAGCAAAUGCUGUGGCCAAUGCAGCUGUCCAGCACAAUGCGUCCCUUCCUGUGCCUGCAGAGACAGCCAGCAAAGAAGGUGUCAGCUGUUCAGACGAAGAUGAAAAACCCAGAAAACGCAGGCGGACAAACUCUUCCGGUUCUUCUCCUGUGGUUCUGAAGGAAGUUCCAAAGGCUGUCGUUCCGGUCUCGAAGACUAUCACUGUGCCUGUGAGUGGCAGUCCCAAGAUGAGCAACAUCAUGCAGAGCAUUGCCAACUCCUUACCACCCCACAUGUCACCUGUGAAAAUAACUUUCACCAAACCAUCCACACAGACGACAAACACAACCACACAGAAGGUUAUUAUAGUGACCACAUCACCAAGUUCAACCUUCGUGCCCAACAUUCUCUCCAAAUCCCAUAACUAUGCAGCAGUCACUAAGCUUGUACCAACAUCAGUCAUUGCGUCCACAACUCAGAAGCCACCUGUUGUUAUAACUGCAUCACAGUCCUCGCUGGUCACCAGUAGCAGCAGUGGCAACAGCAGUUCCACGCCAUCACCUGUUUCUAGUACAGUUGCAGUGACAGCUGUGGUGUCUUCCACACCGUCUGUGGUCAUGUCAACAGUAGCACAAGGUGUAUCCACAUCAGCAAUCAAAAUGGCAUCGACAAGACUUCCUUCCCCCAAAAGCUUAGUGAGCGCCCCUACCCAGAUUCUCGCACAGCUUCCUAAACAGCAUCAGCAGUCUCCUAAGCAGCAGCUGCAACAAGUGCAGCAGCAGACGCAGCAGCCCGCGGCCCAGCCUUCCUCAGUGUCUCAGCAGCAGCAGCCACAGCAGUCACCGUUGCCACCCGGCAUCAAGCCUACCAUUCAGAUCAAACAGGAGUCAGGUGUUAAAAUUAUCACACAGCAGGUUCAACCAAGUAAAAUCUUACCCAAACCAGUGACUGCAACUCUACCCACCAGUAGCAACUCCCCUAUUAUGGUGGUUAGCAGUAACGGUGCAAUCAUGACAACCAAGCUGGUAACUACUCCUACUGGUACUCAGGCAACCUACACCCGGCCAACAGUGAGCCCAUCCUUAGGUCGAGUAGCCACAACCCCUGGAGCUGCAACCUAUGUGAAAACUACCAGUGGGAGCAUCAUUACUGUAGUACCCAAAUCAUUAGCUACCUUGGGAGGCAAGAUAAUUAGCAGCAAUAUUGUUUCUGGAACGACUACCAAAAUCACUACAAUCCCAAUGACUUCCAAGCCCAAUGUGAUUGUUGUUCAAAAGACCACAGGAAAAGGAACGACCAUUCAAGGCCUCCCUGGCAAAAACGUUGUCACAACAUUGCUAAAUGCUGGAGGAGAAAAGACUCUGCAGACAGUGCCAGCUGGAGCAAAGCCAGCUAUCAUUACUGCAACAAGACCCAUCACCAAGAUGAUUGUAACACAGCCCAAAGGAAUAGGUUCCACAGUCCAGCCAGCAGCUAAAAUCAUCCCCACAAAAAUUGUCUAUGGACAACAAGGAAAAACGCAGGUUCUCAUUAAACCCAAACCAGUGACAUUUCAAGCUACAGUUGUUAGUGAACAAACAAGGCAACUGGUAACAGAAACAUUACAGCAAGCAUCCAGGGUCGCAGAGGUCGGUAAUUCAUCUACUCAGGAAGGAAAAGAAGAACCACAGGGUUACACAGAUAGUAGUUCCUCUUCCACGGAGUCCUCCCAGAGUUCCCAAGAUUCCCAGCCUGUAGUUCAUGUAAUUGCUUCCCGGCGUCAGGAUUGGUCAGAACAUGAGAUUGCAAUGGAGACUAGCCCUACCAUAAUAUAUCAGGAUGUAUCCAGUGAAUCACAAUCAGCUACUUCAACAAUCAAAGCUCUGUUAGAACUCCAACAGACAACAGUAAAGGAAAAAUUGGAAUCUAAACCAAGACAACCCACUAUUGACUUGAGUCAAAUGGCAGUACCUAUUCAGAUGACCCAGGAAAAGAGACAUUCUCCUGAGAGUCCAUCCAUUGCUGUGGUAGAGUCAGAACUAGUUGCUGAAUACAUCACCACUGUCAGCCAUCGGUCCCAGCCCCAACAGCCUUCCCAGCCCCAGCGGACCCUGCUCCAACAUGUGGCUCAGUCACAGACUGCGACACAGACUUCAGUUGUGGUAAAGUCCAUCCCAGCGUCUUCCCCUGGAGCAAUCACCCACAUUAUGCAACAGGCAUUAAGCAGUCACACUGCUUUUACCAAACACAGUGAGGAACUUGGAACUGAGGAGGGUGAGGUUGAAGAGAUGGACACAUUGGAUCCUCAGACAGGUCUGUUUUACCGAUCUGCCCUGACUCAGUCUCAGUCAGCUAAACAGCAGAAACUUAGCCCCCAGCUGGAGCAGACUCAGCUGCAAGUGAAGACUCUGCAGUGCUUCCAGACCAAGCAGAAGCAGACCCUCCACCUGCAGGCAGACCAGCUCCAGCACAAGCUCACGCAGAUGCCCCAGCUCUCCAUCAGACAUCAGAAACUGAGUCCUCUCCAGCAGGAACAAGCACAGCCCAAGCCAGAUGCACAACACACACAGCAUCCCGUGGUGGCCAAAGACAGGCAGCUUCCUACCUUAAUGGCACAGCCCCCACAAACUGUAGUACAGGUGCUUGCUGUGAAAACCACGCAGCAGCUCCCUAAACUACAGCAAGCUCCAAACCAACCAAAAAUCUACGUGCAACCCCAAACUCCCCAGAGCCAAAUGGCGCUCUCAACGUCAUCAGAGAAACAACCGGCAAGCCAGGUGGAGCAGCCAAUUAUAACCCAAGGAUCCUCUGUUACAAAGAUAACAUUUGAGGGGCGCCAGCCUCCCACAGUUACAAAGAUAUCUGGUGGCAGUUCUGUUCCUAAGCUGACGUCACCAGUUACAAGCAUACCUCCCAUUCAGGCCUCUGAGAAGACAGCAGUGUCAGACAUUUUGCAAAUGUCUUUGAUGGAAGCUCAGAUUGAUACAAAUGUAGAACACAUGGUAGUGGAUCCCCCAAAGAAGGCUCUAGCCACCAGUGUGCUCGCUGGUGAGGCAGGAGCUUUGCCCUCCGCCCACGUGGUGGUGGCAGGGAUGGCGAAAUGUAGAGAGUCCUGUUCAAGUCCAUCUGCUGUUGGCCCUUCCCUAACGACCAGAAAGCUGGAAGCAGCAGGAGUGCCUGCGACAGGCCAGUUCAUGCGUAUUCAGAAUGUAGGCCAAAAGAAAGCUGAAGAGAGCCCAACAGAAAUUAUCAUCCAGGCCAUUCCCCAGUAUGCUAUUCCUUGUCACUCCAGCUCCAACGUGGUUGUAGAGCCCAGUGGGCUUCUCGAGCUGAACAACUUCACCAGUCAGCAGCUGGAUGACGACGAGACGGCAAUGGAGCAGGACGUGGACAGUAGCACGGAGGAUGGGACUGAGCCCAGCCCGUCCCAGAACUCUGCCGACCGCUCCUAGUCUUCAGACACCCGAGUGCACUUUAAAGCCUGCUUGGUUACCAAGUGUCCAGGGAAACUUAGAAAAGCACUUUGCUCGUUUAGGCUGUGGACUUAGAAACACAGCGUUCCAAUGAGACGUUGCUGCAGGAGCAGCAUUUUAACAAGAUAAAACUCACGGAGGAAUGUACUUUUUAAGAAAUAGAGAAAAAGAAAAAAAAAAAACAAAGGAAAAGGUGCACACCCAUGGAGACCUGGCAUCCUGCUGAAGCUGGGAGUGGAAAGACUUCCUGUGAGUGGGUCCCAGCUGCCUUCCACUGGGCAGACGCCACCAGAGGAUAUGAAAAGGAAAAGGAGGAAAAUGUGGAGCGUUUGUAUUUUUGAAAUGAUGUAUCUGAACAUUCUUUCAAAAUUGUAUUUGUUUUUGCAUAUCCCUGGAGGUAUUGAUUUGGUUAACAUUUUACAUUUGGUCAGUUCAUGGUUAGUUUAUGGAGACCUAGGGAAGUUCUGGCAUUGAAGAGUCCUUGCCAGAGGGUGAACAUCAGACCGCUGACCGGGAAGUGUUUGGGGUAGCUUGUAUAUGCUCCUUGGUUGUAUACUAAUUUAUUGUGGUAUUCCACACUUGCCUAUUUAUUUAAUGUAAAUGUUUCCAAGCAGGCUGAAUCCCUUCUCCUACAUGUCCUAGGAAGCCAGAUCACCUGGCUUUCAUACCUCCCUUCCCCCCUUUAAGAAGAUGGAUUGGAGGAGGUUUGGUUGCAAAGCAAAGGAAAAGACAUGUCUAGCCCAAAGGAAAUGUUGAGCUGUGUUGAGGAGAAUGAACUCUGUCGUUUAUGCUCUCUUGACACCGAAGUUGCACACCCAUGUUGGACUGAGACUUUGAGAAUAACUUUUACUACUUUUGUUUAAGCCCCUUUGAAAGAAUAUGGAAAAGUUCACUUGCAGAUCUAAAUGUAAUGUUUUUAAGUUUUUACUUUUCUAGGGAGCAGUUUGUUUACGUGCUGUUUUUUGGUCCUGUGAUUGCUGUCUAUCACAAGUUGAGUGAAGUGUAAGGGAUGGGAGGGAAAGAAUUUUGACAAGCUGUGGCAAAAGAAACUAUACUUUUCAUUUUUAAAAAGUGUAAAUAGAAAAGUUUUUAACGGUUUUAUAUGAAUUUCACUAUAAAUAAGCAUUUUAAGACUGACAAAUGUUGAACUGUAUAUACAUUUAUCAGCGUAACUGCCCAGGUUAUUUUGGUGCUGAAGUACUAUAAGUAGAAGUUACCAACUGCCUCCUCAUCUUCGCGUCUCCACUGCGGAUGCCGCAGUGAAUAACUCACACUAGAGUGACGCACUCAGGAGCAUCCGUCCCUGAGACACGCUUGCUCUUCUACCAGGUGGCAACUGUUCACCCAUAGAUGGAGCUGUUGGGUAGCAUAUUAUAGUACAGAUUGGUUUCAGCCAUUGUGGCUGUUUCUAGCUGAGACAGAAUCUAACCUCUCUUGGGUCAUAGGCAUCUUUAAGAAUAUGACUAAACUAUGAACUCAGUCACCAAAAAUAUGCACAUGCCAGUACACAUGUUAGAUUUUGCAUACAAUUUUCGGGGCUUGUGGGCUCCCAAGAGCAUCCGUGUAUUCCAGGUUCAGCCCUCUGUUAUGGUCAAUCCAUUGCUUACAGGUGUAAGUUUUUAUAAAAUAAAAUGCCUUUUGAAUUCACAUGGAUCAGGAAAGAAGAACAAACUUGAACAAGUUAUGUUUCAUAUCGUCUGUGAGCAUAGCAUACCAGUGUCCCUCUGAGAAUUUAGCCUUACUGUGUUCCAGCAACUGAAAUGUCAAAUAAGUUUAAUUAAUCUACUUUUAAAAAGUCACAUGUGUACACACACACACACACAUUAAUUAUUUUUUCUUUUAAUAGUUCUAAUUUCAAUUAGAGCAUGAAUUUAUGAGCUAAUAUUCAUUCCCUUUUCAGUGCCAGGUAUGGCUCUAUCCACCAAGGAUACUGCAGUGAGCAAAUGGAAAAUCCUACCCAUCUGGAGCUUACAAACAGGGCUUCCUGCUUGUGAAGGAAGGGGAGGGGAAGCAGGAAUGAUUCUGGGGUCCUUUCUCUCUCUCUCUCUGUCUCUUGUUGGCACAUAUUCAGUGUGUGUAAUUGUGGUUUUGUCUGUGUAUGUGGAGGGCAGAGAUCAACCUUGAGGUUGUUGCUCAGAAGCCAUUUUCCUGGUUCUUGUU